AUGCAGCACCCUCGGCCCCUGGUGCUGCUCAGCGCAGCUGCCGCCUCCUUCACCGUCGUCGCCGCCGCGGGCGGCCUGCCGCGCGGUGUUGGCCCCGAGUAUGCCUCGCACUACCAGCGCGGAGCCGAGUUCGGCUGCAUCUCGGAUUCCUCCGUCAAGCUCAGCUUCGACCGCGUCAACGACAACACCUGCGACUGCCCCGAUGGCUCCGAUGAGCCCGGCACGGCUGCCUGCGCCCGCAUCGACCCUCUCUCGCCCCAGCAGCUCCUCCCGGCGUCCGGGCUCGCCCCUGGCCGCGCCAAGCCCGCCCUCCCCGGGUUCUGGUGCGAGAACAAGGGGCACGUCGGAUCCUACCUGCCCUUCAUGUACGUCAACGACGGCCUGUGCGACCACGACCUCUGCUGCGACGGAUCCGACGAGUACGCCCACGUCGGCGGCGUCCAGUGCGAGAACCGCUGCGCCGAGAUCGGCCGGGAGCACAGGAGGCUGGCCGGCGAGAAGAGGCGCCAGAUGGAGACGGCCGCCGAGCAGAAGAGCAAGAUGCUGGCCGAGGCCCGGGAGCUGCGCGCCCAGACCGAGGCCAGGAUCGGCCAGCUCCAGGCGGAAAUCGCCGCCCUCGAGUCCGGCAGGGCCGAGCUGCAGAAGAAGCAUGCCGCCGCCCAGCUGCAGGACAAGGGCCGGGUCGUCAGGAGCGCCGGCGCCACCGGAGGCAAGCUCGGGGUGCUGGUUGGCCUCGCCAAGGCUCGGGUCGACGAGCUGCGCGAUGCUCUGGAUCGCGUCGUCCGGCAGCGAAACGACCUCCAAUCCCGGGUGGAGGAGCUCGAGACGAUUCUCCGAAACUUCAAGCAAGAGUACAACCCCAACUUCAACGACGAAGGCGUCAAAGCCGCCGUCAAGGCAUACGACGACUACGCCGCCAGAGAAGCCGACACUGUCCGCGAGCCAGUUUCGGACUCGGAUGUGGACCAAGUUUUGCACGAGGACAGCGAAAGCAGCGGCGUCAACUGGGCCGAGUUUGAGGCGGAGGAAUCCUCCGACACUGAUGUUUUGUACAACUUUGAGGCGUAUCUGCCUGGCUUCCUCGGCCGGUUUAUCCACGACAGAGUGGCUUCCGUCAAGGCCUGGUUGGUCCAAAACGGCAUGCUGGCCGACAGCGCCGCCCCUGGAUCCGAGUCACCCUCGGUCAAGGCCGCCCGCGAGGCCCUGGAAGCGGCCACGAGGGAGCUGGAAGAAAAGACGCAGCUCCGCGACCGCGAGACCGAGGACCUGGGCAAGGACUACGGCCCGGCGGACAUCUUCCGAGCCAUCAAGGGCAAGUGCGUGAGCAUGGACGCGGGCGAGUACGAGUACGAGCUGUGCCACCUGGACAAGACGAUGCAAAAGUCCAAAAAGGGCCACGGCCACACAAACAUGGGCAACUUUGCGCGCAUCGAGAGGCAGGUGGCCGACGACGAGGAGCGGCCGGACGGCAAGAGCCUGGGCAAGGGGGAGCGCUUCGUGCUCAAGUACCAGGACGGGCAGCAGUGCUGGAACGGGCCCCCGCGGAGCACCGACGUCUGGCUCGGCUGCUCCGACAAGGAGGAGCUCUGGCGCGUCAGCGAGGCGGAGAAGUGCGUGUACAAGAUGGAGGUGGGCACGCCGGCGGCCUGUGACGAUGCCGAGCCAGCCGGGCAACGGGGCGGGGGCAAGGAUGAGCUGUAA